GGGGAUUGUAAUUUCUCUUUUUUUUUUCACUUCUCGUUAAGCUCGGAGUCUCAAUCGUACAAGUUUUCACAUGCAUUUAACUACUGUUUCCUUGUCCCGGGAACUCCACACAUCUCUUUCCACUCAACAAUGAGUAAUUCAUCAGAUAAUGCCACUAACGACACUUUUCACGUCGUGCCUUCGCACACGCAAGAUUUUGGUGGGCCAAGUGAUCUUCAUGACGAAGGAACCUCAAUCCUUCAGGACAGCGAACAGGAAAAUGACCACAGCAACAAUGACCAAGACCAUGAUCAUGAUCAUGAUCCUGAUCCUGAUCAUGUGUCUGAGUCAGCCAACCAUGUAGAAGACGAUGAAAUACAUGCUCCACCACAACUGAAUCCCACUGUACUUUUUGUGAUCAACCUCAUCAAGAGUAGUCUCCGACCCUUUUUCCGUAUCGUAUUUGCACCCAGCGCACAACGCACAGUUGUCAAGACAACAAUUUUAAGUUUUAGCAUUAUGUGGAUAUUGAUGACUAGUAUUACAGCAUACACAUUGUUCUAUCGUCGGCAUGUUCCCCAGAUCAUUCAUACAGAGCCUAUUUGGUUUCAAUAUGGAUCAAUGUCACGACCGGGUGAAUUGACAUCUAGCCCUGUGGGUGCAGUUGAUCUUUUGCGUGGUGACCAUUAUCCGAUUUUACGACACGAUCAAGGAUAUGAUGUAUCCGUACGUUUACAUGUACCUACUUCUGAUAUAAAUUUUAACCUCGGAAACUUCAUGGUUUCUGUUAACCUUGAAACAAGUAAUAGCAGUGUCGUUGCUUCUUCUAGUCGACCUGCUAUUCUUCGAUAUCAGUCCAAUACUCAGCGAGUACUCCGUGUAUUUGCAAAGGCGCUACCUUUAUUGGUUGGACUUACGGAAGAAAGUCAAGUUAUCUAUGUUCCGAUGAUUGAAGGUUAUAUAGAGCAAAAGGCUGCUCCUGUUGUGCACGCUACGGUGUCUCUUUCCAGCCCUCUUGUUCAGGUUUACGAUGCCGAGUUAAGUAUUAUCGCUGAUUUCCGUGGAUUAAGAUAUUACAUGUACCAUCAUCGUGUUGCCACUGCUAUUGUAUUUGCGAUUAUGUUUGCUACAAUUGAGUUUAUAUGUGCCGUAAUUGCUUGGAGGGUAUUCGGACAAGGUCUGUGGAACAAACUGAAUGACGCUUUUGAGCAGAAUAAUAAUGGCUCAGAGAUCGAGGACACAAAGACCAUAGAUGAUGAACACGAGAGACAUGAUGGAGACGCCGAGUUUGUUGACCCCUCGGAUACAGAUACUCAAAAGUAAAAUAUGUAAUUUACUGGCUAAAUAAACUAUUUUUAUACAUGUAUCAAUGCC